UUCGCCGAUAAAAGGAGAAAUCUCUGUCUCGUUCCCUCUGAAACAACACGAACACAAAAUUCUAAUUACAAUCUCGGACACGAAGAAAGGUACCAAAAUGUCGCACUGUUUAACCCUAAAGCCAGCGUGCAUGGGCUGUGGAUCAAAGUCCGAUCUGUACGGAAGCUCCUGCAGGCACAUGACGUUAUGCUUAAAGUGUGGUAAAACAAUGGCUGAGAACAAAGCCAAGUGUCUCGAUUGUGGAACCGUCCUCACCAGAUUGAUUAGGGAGUAUAACGUCCGUGCGGCUACACCCACAGACAAGAACUACUUCAUUGGUAAGUUUUCGUCUGGUGGUCUUCCCAACUUCAAGAAAGGCUCUGAUGAGAACAAAUGGUCUCUCCGUAAAGACAUACCUCAAGGUCGUCACUUCACAAACGCACAACGGGAGAAGUUAAAGAACAAGCCUUGGAUCUUGGAAGAUGAAACUGGUGAGUUUCAGUACCAGGGGCAACUUGAAGGCUCCCAGUCUGCUACUUACUAUCUCUUAGUGUUGCAGAACAAGGAGUUUGUCGCUAUUCCCGCUGGUUCUUGGUAUAACUUCAAUAAGGUUGCACAGUAUAAGCAACUUACACUGGAAGAAGCGGAGGAGAAGAUGGAGAACCGUAGAAAAACUGCAGAUGGGUAUCAGAGGUGGAUGAUGAAAGGCGCAAAUAACGGUGAGAAUGAAAAAGAGGCGGGUGGAGGUGGUGGCAGGGGUCGUAAGAAUAAGUCAUCAGGGGGUGAGGAAGAAGAAGGUAAUGUCUCUGACAGAGGGGAGGAAGAUGAAGAGGAAGAGGCAUCACGGAAGAAGAGACGACUCGGUCUCAAUAAAAAGAGUAACGCAGAUGAUGAUGAUGAAGAAGGUCCAAGCGGUGGUGAUCUUGACAUGGAUGAUGAUGACAUUGAGAAAGGGGAUGACUGGGAGCAUGAGGAAAUAUUCACGGAUGAUGAUGAGGCUGUUGAUAUUGAUCCUGAGGAACGUGAAGAUCUGCUAGCACCUGCUCCUCCUGAAAUAAAGCAGGAUGAGGAUGAUGAAGAAAACGAAUUGAGCAACUCUGGUAAAGAGUUGAAGGAGUUGCUUGGCAAGGUUAAUGGUAUAAAUGAAUCUGAAGAAGAUGAUGAUGAUGAUGAUGACGAGGAGGAGACAAAACAGAAGUAUGUGGCUAAAGAAGAACCUGUUGAGAGCAGUCCUUCAAAGCCUGCACCACCUUCAUCUUCUCGUGGAACACCUACUGCAAAACCAUCCCUGGGAAAAAGAAAACUGAAUGAUGGCGACUCUAAAACGCCUAGCAGCUCUGUUCACAAGAGAGUGAAGGCUGAAAACGAGUCGAAAACUUAUGUGAAGGAAGAGAAAAGUAGCUCGGCUUCAAGAUCCAACGCACUGACUAAAGCCGAUAAAGCUGAAACUACUCAAGCUACUGCAUCCUCAUCUGCUACGGGACCUGUGACUGAAGACGAAAUCCGUGCUGUUCUGAUGGAGAAGCAGCCAGUCACUACACAGGAUUUGGUCAACAGUUUUAGGCCAAGACUUAAAACCAGAGAGGACAAGAACGCUUUUACUGAUAUUCUCAAGAAGAUCUCAAAGAUUCAGAAGAAUGCUGCUUCUCAAAGCUUCGUCGUUUUGAAGGAAAAAUGAGACUUUACUAUCUUAGGAUUUUUUUGUUAUCAUGAUC